AUGGAUGCUAUAAGGAAGCAAGCAAGCAAAUUAAGGGAGCAAGUUGCCAGGCAACAACAGGCCAUACUCAGACAGUUGGGUCAAAUUAGCAAUGAACCGCUCAUGACGGAUGAAUCUGAAAUUGAAUGUCACCAGCAGCUUCAAAAGUUAUACACUUCUACAAAGACAGCUAAGCAUUUUCAGCGGCAUAUUGUUCGUGCUAUUGAAGGGCUCAUCUCUGUUAGCUCCAAGCAGAUGGACAUAGUGAGGAAGUUGGCUAGGGACUGCUGUAGAUAUGGGACCGAGAAUCUUGGUAGUAGUUACCCCCUUGCCAGGGCUUCUCUUCAAUUUGGUAAUUCGUACGAUAUGAUGGAAAAUGAGAGGGAGACUUUGCUCGGGAUCUUAGGUGAUCAGAUCUCUGAGCCACUGCGGGCACAGAUAACAGGAGCUCCGUUGGAGGAUGCACGCCACCUCACUCACCGGUAUGAUAAACUUCAUCAAGAAGUAGAAGCGCAGGCUGCUGAAGUUUUGAGGCGUCGAUCAAAGUUGAGGAAUUCUUCUGUUUCUGCAGAGAGUUCUGUUAGGCUUCAAAAUGCAGAAACAAGGUUGAAAGAACUAAAAUCUGCCUUGGGGGCACUUGGUAAAGAAGCAACUGCCGCAAUGUUGUCCGUUGAAGAACAACAACAACAGAUGACACUCCAGAGCCUUCGUACAAUGGUGGAUGCAGAAAGAGCCUAUCAUCAGCAUGUCCUUAUUAUUCUAGAGAAAGCAUAUGCUGAGAUAAUUGGGGAGAGACAACCAAAAGAGGCCACAUCAUUUCCAGUGCCAAGAGAUGAACAUAAUCAACCUGCAGAUGAGAAUGCUGCUUCAAAUGGCACUGAUUAUAAACACAACAAUCAAACAGGCACAUACUUUUUUGCAAAGGUCGUACAUCCAUUUGAUGCUCAGGCUGAGGGGGAGUUAAGCCUAUCAGUUGAUGAUUUUGUUGUAGUUCGUCAGGUUGGGCCCAAUGGAUGGUCUGAAGGAGAGUGCAAAGGCAAUGCUGGAUGGUUUCCCUCUGCUUAUGUACAGAGACAGGACUUGAUACCGGCCAGCAAGGUAACGGAAUAA